ACCGACGUAACCCCAAUUCUCUUCCCCAAGGAGUUUCAGAGGCGGCAGCAAACUCACUCGGCCUUCUACAAAGGCGACCUUCCUUGUUUCGAAACCAUGGCAAGGGGAUUGAAGAAGCAUUUGAAGAGGCUCAAUGCUCCGAAGCAUUGGAUGCUUGACAAACUUGGUGGUGCAUUUGCCCCCAAACCUUCCUCUGGACCUCAUAAAUCAAGGGAAUGCCUCCCAUUGAUUCUUAUCCUACGAAACCGAUUGAAGUAUGCUCUCACUUAUCGUGAGGUGAUUUCAAUCUUAAUGCAAAGACAUGUUCUUGUUGAUGGGAAAGUGAGAACUGAUAAGACAUACCCAGCUGGGUUUAUGGAUGUUGUAUCAAUUCCCAAAACAAAUGAGAAUUUCCGGCUCCUCUAUGACACCAAAGGUCGAUUCCGUCUUCACUCUGUGAGGGAUGAGGAGGCAAAGUACAAACUCUGCAAAGUCCGUUCUGUGCAGUUCGGGCAGAAGGGCAUUCCAUAUCUUAACACAUAUGAUGGUCGUACCAUUCGGUACCCUGAUCCUCUCAUCAAGGCCAAUGACACCAUCAAGCUCGACCUUGAGACCAACAAGAUCGCUGAUUUCAUCAAGUUUGAUGUGGGUAAUGUUGUGAUGGUUACUGGUGGAAGAAAUCGUGGAAGAGUUGGAGUAAUUAAGAACAGGGAGAAGCAUAAGGGAAGUUUUGAGACCAUCCACGUCCAGGAUGCCACCGGCCACGAAUUUGCCACUCGUCUUUGCAAUGUCUUUACCGUCGGUAAGGGUACUAAGCCAUGGCUAUCCCUACCUAAGGGCAAGGGUAUUAAGUUAUCCAUCAUCGAAGAGGCUAGGAAGAGGCUUGCAAGCCAGGCGGCAGUUACAGCUUAGGAGUCUUUAAUGAAAAGGUUGGAAGAAGACAUUGUUUAUGGUUAUUGAUUUUAGAUUGUUCUGACGAGUCUGUUCUUUGAAUUUGUGUUUCAAAUUUUGUUUUAGUAAGUUUUUCCCAACCGCUGUUUCGUUAUUUUCAUUUUAAUUUUAGCGUGGCUGCUACAAUUAGUCAUUCUAAAAGUUUCAUGUUAAUGUUUGCAAUCUAAAUGAGAGUUUAAAAAUUAAGUCAA